AGUUAUAUGUCUAACCGACUAACGGGUUUCGCUAAUUUUCUUCUUCUCUAGUCACUAUAGUUUCUGAAACAGUUUCUCGGUGCUACGGAGUGUUUCAGGAUGAGAAAAAUGAUAGCCGUAACAUUUUACGUGUUGUUUUUGACUUCUAUCGUGGCCUUUGUUGAAGGUGAAAAUAACCUUCGAUGGCCAGAAGGAAAGUACGGUCUACCAAACACUAUAUAUGGCUGUCCGAUGGCUGAUGGUUUUGUCUGGGCAACAGGAAACAUCACACAGGCCCUGGAUCCAAACAGCAAAACAUCAAACUCAUUUCACCUAAAAGCAARAGUUAAUAAGAAAGGAGUUCAGCGAUCAUUUUGCAUCAAGGAUACUGAUCCUCUGGAUCCCGCACGAACCGCAUGGCCCGCAGGACGUUAUUGCAUUUACAGAAAAGGAGGAAAGUGUCCUGCUGGGCUUAAAGCAGGAUCUUUGAUAUGGAAUAACCGCAUGGAUUUUUCAUACACAAAAAGUAGUGGCGUCGUUCCAGAUGGACGUUCCACUUUUUCRAAUACGCUGAUUCAUUUUUGCUGCGCCGUAAAUGGGGACAAAAAUACCCCUAUACCACUCCCCCUCGAAUCACCAUUCUUUUUACUGGCCUUUCUAUCUAGUGCGUGUCAAGAAGUACGUGGAGCUUUACAUAGGGCUGAGUUUAUAUACUACAACACUGAUGGACAAAACUCACUCAACCCACCCUACCCGUAUGGGGCAGGUAUCUACAGCAUGAAUAUUACCUAUUGUUACUAUCAAGCCUGCAGGAGUAAUCUAACAGCUCUUAACGGAACCAUUAUGUCACCUUUYUAUCCAUCCAACUAUCCAAGCAAUGCAGACUGUCGAUGGAAGGUCGAGGUACCAGUUGGUUACGUAAUAACGUUAGAGUUCGAGGAUGUCGACAUGGAACCCUCCGCCUCCUGCAUGAAGGACUGGGUACGAGUAUCCACAGGAAGCCCAGGAGCCGUUUCUUCGAAAUACUGUGCAAGGGGGAAUUAUCCAAUAAUGGAGACAAGAAGUAAUGUUGUUGUCUUAGACUUUCAUUCUGAUGAAGUGACUUCUUUAAAUAAAGGGUUUAGAAUCUACUAUCAUGCUAAGAAAAUUCCAGGUAACUAUGAUAUUACAAGAAUGCGUUUGAAGGGAGGGAGGAUGGAUGGAUGGAUAUGGGUGGAAGGAUGUAUGGAAAAAAUUAAGGAAGGAAGGAGGAAAGAGAGAUAUUAAAGGCUGAAGGAAUGAAAUUUUGCCCUGAGAUAUAAAUAACAAUGAAACAACCGCCAUGUUGGUUGAUGGCUGAAAAUAGAAGCUAACGAGGAAUGCUUUGUCAUCAUCAAACAACGUCAUGGCAGCUAUGACGUAAC